CAACUGCUGGGGUUGAGGAGAAGCACCGCCUCAGUGAUUUGUGGCUGGAUUUGGCGUGUGAUGGCCAUAUCCGGCAAAAUGCGCGUGGUGCUGCGAAGCCAACCAUGUGCUGCCAUACAAUCUCAAUAUCUUCCUCCCUCCCACCCUCUCUUUCGUCCCUUCUUCCCCGUCCUUUCCCUCCUCUGUCCGCUCGCUCGCUCGCAGUCGCAGCCGUUGCUCAGAACCAGGCUGCUUUGCCUUCUGCUGCCAUCUGCCUGUUGUCGGCGCACUCUCUCCCCAGGCUUGCUCAAAGCUCGUCGACGUUGCAGGCCGUCGCUCUGCUCGCCUGCCCGCACCUAGGAGAGUCCCGUCCGUCUGCCAGCGAGAAUCGUCUCGUCUUCUACCUGCAUGUCCAUCCCACGAGCGCUUUAAUCGACACGCCGGUCUUAUCCUUCUCGCCCUUUCUCCCCUGCCCGAGAACGGAGUGCAGAAUAGACCCCCUCGGCUGCUGAUUAUUGUUGCUCAUGUUGCAGUAUCCCGUCCAGCUUCCGCCGCUAUCUCUCACGUCCUCUAAGCGCGCUCAUCUGGUCCGACGGGACACCAGCGACGAUGUUCAGAGUCGUACCUUCAAGCGUUCUCCGUUCGCUGCUAAUGACAAGAGUCUUUCCCGCCCCUACCAUGUAGGCCCACUUCACGUCGCCAC